ACAAUCUAUACUCAAAUGAUUAAUUUAAAAAUGAAAACAUUUUUAAAGAUUUUUUUAUAUUCUAUAGUGGGUCCAAUAAUUUUAUAUUAUUUAUUUUUUUCUUUUUUACACUACCAAGAAAAUUUAACAAAAAUGCAAAUAAAAGUAUUAGAAAUGAAAGAAAGAAAUCCAUUAUAUCGAAUAUAUACAAAAAGUAAUAAUAUUAGACAUUUAAAACAUAUAUUUAUCGUAUUAGAACGUUUGGGUUUUAAACAAACUCAUGAUGAAUAUAAUUGGGAUUUACUGUGGGCACAUGAUUAUCCAUUUAGAACUUUAAAUUUUAGUAUGAACAAAUUGAAACCUCAUCAGCGAAUCAAUCAUUUUCCUGGUUGCGGAUACAUUACAAAUAAAGUAGAUUUAUCAACAUCGGAAAGUCGCUAUAUCUUACCAGCAUUUAAAAUACCAGAACAAUAUGAAGAAUUUCUUUUAUAUACUAAUCAACAUUCUGAAAAAAUAUUUAUACAAAAAUCGAAUAAUCAUCGAGGUAUUAGUAUAAAAAAUACAAGCGAAAUAAGUGUUACAGAAACUGGAUCUUUUAUGCAAGAAUUUAUACAGCGACCAUUUCUUAUAGAUGGAUAUAAAUUUGAUAUUGGAGUAUAUGUUGUAAUUACAUCUGUGAAUCCUCUUAGAAUAUAUGCAUAUAAAGGUGAUGUUCUUUUUAGAUUUUGUUCUAUAAAAUAUUACCCAUUCAAUUCUAAAAUUUUAGACAAAUAUAUAGUUGGUGAUGAUUACUUGCCAAUUUGGAAUGUUCCAUCUUUGAAACAUUAUUAUAUUAAAUUAAAAUUUUCAAUGAAAAAUUCAUUCGACGCAUAUAUACGUUCGCAUGGAAAAUAUCCAGAAAAAGUUUGGAAUGAUAUAUAUGAAGCAAUCAAAGAAAUUGUCUUGUUGAAAGAAAGUUAUAUUAUAGAAGCUGUAAAACGUUUUGGAAAUGAAAGAAAUUUUUUCGAAUUAAUUAGAAUUGAUUUUGCUCUUGAUGAAGAUUUAAAUGUAUAUAUCAUGGAGGCAAAUAUGUCUCCAAAUUUAUCCUCAGCACAUUAUCCAGCAAAUCAGUUACUUUAUGAACAAGUUAUAUUCAACUUAUUUUCAUUAGUCGGCAUAGGACAAAGAAUCAGAAAAGAUUCUUUAAAAAUAAGAAAUAAAAUGGAAAAACAAAUGGAAGUAGCUGACAAGAAUAUAAUGGUUUUACCAGAAUUAUGUAUAGAAUGUAAUGAUUGUUUUCGUGUAGAAUGUCAAUUGUGUAGUCCAUGUUUUACACCAGAAAUUAAAAUGAUUUUUUCACAAAGUUAUUUAGAACAUCAGAACAAAAUGGAUUUUCAAAGAAUUUUUCCACCUCCUAUAACAAAAAAUAUGAUAUUAAAAGAUUAUUCAUUAAAAAAUCAAUUACUUGUUAGAUGGUAUCAAGGUAAAUGUGAAUUAGAUCUUUCAUGGUGUUCAUAAAUAUAUUUUUUAAGAAUUUUAUAAAUUAUUACAAUUUUAUAUAAAUAUUGACAAUAUAUAAUCAAUUCUAAAAUUA